AGAAAGCUCGUCCAUCACCACUUGGGCAUUCUAUUCAAAUAGCGAGGAAUACCAGGCGGAUCUUCUAUCAUUAUGCUUGGUCCACUGGUUGGCUCUGCAAUGUUGCUGGUCGCAACAGCGAUCUUUCUAUACUACACGGCAUGGACGCUGUUGAUGCCGUUCGUUGACCAAGGGCAUCCUCUCCAUGACCUCUUUCCUUCACGUGUAUGGGCGAUCCGAAUUCCCGUUAUCCUCACUCUCCUGGGCUCGACUGUUGUAGGGUCAUUCCUCGGAAUUAUGAUGAUUCGUAGCAGCAGAAAGAAGGCUGCAAAGGCUAAAGCGGCGGCAAGCAAGAAGAAGACAUAAGCUAUUGAGGUGUUCUUUUUUCAAAACCCGCGCGCAUUCUACAGUUCCAUCCUGACGGAUUCGCAUCAACGAUGAGGACGAUAGGGUUAUAUUCUGCGCAAAUGGACCAAAGAUUUAGUCACGAACAAAAGAAGCAUUUUGUGCUGUACAGACACUGGUUUGGGGUUUGGGGUUUGGUGUUUGUCAACGACCGAUUUACCUAUAUAAAUUAGCUCAGCGACCGUGAAAAGCGCAUCAACUGUAUAAUAAGUAAAUGACUAUCUAAUUAAUACCACCGUGUCUCACUGCC